CCGCUCCUCCAUCUCCUCCACGCGCCCAGCCCAGCCAGCCAGCCGCACGCCCUUCCUCAUCGUGUGGGCGCCGGCCACUUUCUCUCCCUCUCGCGCGCGACAGCUCGCUCGUGGGCUGGCUUGGGCUGCGCCGAGCCAUGCCCGCGCACUCGGCGUCGGCUUCGGCGUCGUCGUCGCUGCACCCCUUGCACGCGCCGCCCUCCCUCCUCUCCACGCCCGCCUCGCAGCGCAUCCCCGGCGUCGGGCUCUAUCUCCACAACGUCAAGUCUCCGCCACACGCAUCCGGGACUCUACUGCUGACGCGCACCGCCUUACUCUUCGUGCCCACGCCCCCACUGCCGCCCAGCGGCGGCCUCGAGGUGCCGCUGGCGCACAUCCGCGCGAGCGAACACUAUGCGGGCUUCCUGAGCAGCAGCGCAAAGGUGACGCUGCGCCUCGCUCCGCCGCCACCGCCGACGCCAGCCGAUGGCAGCAGUGCUGCGGCGCCUCGCACGCAGCCCACCGGCUCCGCAGCCGCAGCCGCAGCCGCAGCCGCGUCGGCGGCGCUCCCUCCAGCAGCACGAGACACAGACACGCAGCAAUGGCUCUGCGCCAUCUGUGCCUUUGCCAACAGCGCCGGCUCCACAUGCGCGCUGUGCGGCGUCGCACGUCCCUCUGGCGCCUCUGCCGGGCACGCACGCCAGCAGACCAGUGCGCCGCGCUCUGCCUUUGCCUCUGUCUCUGUCUCUGCCUCUGUCUCUGCCUCUGUGCCGCCAGCAGCUGCUGCCGCUGCUGCUGCCACGGCGACGCCGACGGCGGAUGCAGGCGGCCUCUGCGGCGUGUGUACGUUUGCGAACCACCCGUCGUUGCGCGCAUGCGAGAUGUGCGGCGCGCCGCUCGUCGAUGGCCACAGCAGCAGCGGCGGCGGCGGCGGCGGCGGCGGCAGCGGCAGCGGCAGGCACGGCGCAGGCGGCGCCGCCGCGGCCGAGGGCGUGGAGGCGGAGCAGGAGCAGGAGCAGCAGCAGGGCCAAGAAGAGACGACACUGCGCAUCGCCUUUCGCCAAGGGCGCGACCGCGGCUUCUACAAGGCGCUGCAGGAGGCACUCAGGCGACGCACGUGGGAAGAACAGCCGGAUGCGGGCGAGAUCUCGCCAGCGACGAUGCGCCUCGUGACGCCGCACCUGCCCGCGCUGACGUCGCCGUCGAUCGCGACGCGCGUGCUGCGCAGCGGCUCGCACGUGCUGCACACGCCGCGCUGGGGCGACGCCGUCUUUGGCGUGCGCCUGCUGCGGCUGCUGCGUGCACAGCACGCCGCCGAACGCGACGCCGAGGCGGCAGCGAGCACCGCGACCGCCAGCUCCGGAUACGGCGAGGGCCUGAGCAGCGCGCAGCUGGCGGCGCGCGAGCGCGCGCCGCUCGGCCUCGUCGCAGAGCUCGUCGAGACGGCAGAGGCACGCGGCCUCGUGGUGCGCGACGAGAGCGAGCAGGGCACGCGCUGGUACGAAAACGCCAUCGUGGCGUUCGAGUGGGAGCAGCCUGAGGCGCCACGGUAGGGCGCCUGAGGGAGGCACAUGCAAAGCAAGAUAGACACAUGCCCAGACGUCGCGGCGACGAGAUGAGGAUUGGCUAGUGUACAGGGUGACGCGGCCAGAGUGCCAUGGGGUUGGACCGAGCGGGAACGGUGUGUAUGUGUGUGUGUGCGAGAUGGACACGGGCGAGGCGGUGAUGGAGGUGGCAGACGAAUC